GAGGUGAAUUGCCAUUAGAUCACUCGUACGUUCACCAGUUACUAGAAGAUUUAACAAUCAGCAAGGAACGUUAUAAUGGUUGUUGCAAUGCAGCAGAAAUCUGUGCAGUGUAUUGUGGUUGGUGAUGGUUUUGUUGGCAAAUCAAGUCUGAUUCAGAAAUUUGUCAAUGGACAAUUUAAUCAAGAAUAUGUCGCUACUCUUAAGGACGAUUACAACACGAAAUUGUCCGCUAAUGGGGAUACCUAUCGUUUGAACGUUUCUGAUAUUGCUGGAGAGCAUGAAGACUUAUCUUCUCUAACAACUCCAGAUACCUACAUUGUUUGCUUCAGCCUCGUUGAUGAUGACUCUAUGGAUAGUGUGCUGAAUUUCUGGGUUCCAAAAAUCAAAGCACUUGGAAAGCACGUCCCAGUAGUCCUUGUUGGUACACAAGAAGACUUACGAAAGAAUGGACAUUCAGGGCACAUUUCUACCACUGAAGGCCUCACUCUGGCCAGGACAAUUGGCGCCGAUGUUUACGUGGAAUGCUCCGCAAAAUCGGGAACUGGCGUGCAGGAAAUUUUUCACAGUGCCGUAAUGGCGAGUAUCAGACAAAGCAAGAGAAAAGUUAACAUUCUCAAACGAGUUCUGGGUCGCUGAAGUGAUGACUUUCAUUGACUUGUGAUAAAGUGGUUCGUGCACCACUCAAGAAUUAUCUCUUCAUACGAACGUCAAGCUUUCCAAAAUCAAGGAAAUCGUCUACGUUCGAGGCCCUGGAAGAAAAGGUCUGCUUCGCGUCUCUCUAGAUGCUCCCUUUUCCGUUUGAAGAUUUGUGCUGACGCCAGUAAAGACUGUUACAGUAAAAUCUAGAGACUAAGCCAUAAAAACGUUACAACAGUGAUUGUAAUUGAAUGAAAUGGCAUUCAAUAAUGCUUUAAUGCUUGCUCUAUUUUGUUCAUACAGCUUAUGCUUGCUAUUGAAUAAAACUGUAAAAUGA